ACGGCUAUAAGAAGAUAAUUGACAGUAGAACGAAGCAGUUAGGUUUGAAACCAGCACCGAGUAGAGAACACCACAUAUAUUUUUCUUAGAAUAACUAAGAGUAUUUGCGAACUAAUUAAAAAUUUCAACGGAAAUCUACGUUCCACAUUUUACGUGAGGAUAACAUGUCUGUUAACUUGAGAAGCGUUCUUAUAAGUGACCCUGUGGACGAAUCCUGUAGCUCCCUGCUUUCUGAAUAUGGAAUUCCUAUAACUACGAAAUAUAAACUUUCUAAAGAAGAGCUUAUCAAGGAACUACAGAACCACGAUGCUCUAAUCGUACGUUCGGAAACGAAGGUCACAGCUGAUGUAGUAUCCGCUAGUUCGAAUCUUCGUGUAAUAGGUCGUGCUGGAACCGGAGUGGAUAACAUUGAUCUUGAAGCAGCAACACGCAAGGGAAUCCUCGUAUUAAAUACUCCCGGCGGUAAUAGUAUCAGUGCUUGCGAGUUAACAUGUACAAUGAUAUCUGCAUUAGCACGUAACGUUGUUCAAGCAGCUCGAUCGAUAAAAGAAGGAAGAUGGGAUAGAAAAUUGUAUUCUGGCUUUGAAUUGUUUGGUAAAACACUAGCUGUCUUAGGUAUGGGCAGAAUUGGCCGAGAAGUAGGCAUAAGAAUGAAAUCUUUUGGAAUGAACAUCAUCGCUUUUGAUCCAUUGCUGAAAAACGAAGUUGCUGAAUCUCUUGGAUUUAAAAAAGUUAGCUUGGAGGAAGCAUGGCAGAUGGCUGAUUACAUUACUGUACACACGCCAUUAAUCCCACAAACGAGAAAUUUGAUAAACGCUACGACCUUGGGAAAAUGUAAGAAAGGUGUAAAUGUUAUAAACGUAGCUCGAGGUGGUAUCGUCGAUGAAGAAGCACUUUUAAAUGCGUUGAAAACUGGUCAGUGUGGUGGUGCAGCUUUGGACGUGUUUACGGAAGAACCACCAAAGAGUCCUGUGAUUAUCGAGCUCAUUCAACAUCCUAAAGUUAUUGCUACUCCACAUCUUGGAGCUAGCACUGCCGAAGCUCAGCAACGUGUAGCCGUUGAAAUAGCUCAACAAUUUUUAGCUUUAUCCGGAAAGACAACGGAAUAUUCCGUAAGUGGUAUCGUCAAUGCUCCUCUUUUAGCUGCCGCGAUGACGGAAGAUAACGCACCUUGGAUAGAAUUAUCGAAGAAACUCGGACAGUUAGCUGCAAGACUCGUUCAAGGAAAAUUGAAUACAACUGUACAAAGCCAAACUGUUGGCCCAGAUAUGAAGAAUAAGAAAUUCAUACAUACUUCUGUAUUAGUUGGAAUACUUACGGGGCAAACGAAAAAUGGUUUAAAUUUGAUCAAUGCACCAAUGUUGGCCGAAGAUAUUGGUAUUGAUCUAAAAGAUAGUCAUAUGCCAGGUGAUCACAGAGCGGUAUUGGUUACCGUUGGACCACAUCAAGUAAAAGGAACGCUUCGUAAUAACCAGCCAUUACUACUCUCAAUUGAUAAUAAUCUCUUCCCUAAUGACAUAGCACUAAUGAAUCAUAUCUCUCUGUACCGUGCAAAUAGCGUACAAGAUGUAGCUAAUAUCGUAAACGUCUUUUCGUCGAAAUGUAUUAACAUAUGCGGUUUAAAUGCCAAUGGCAAGUGGCUAGUGAUACAAACUGAUAGAGAGGUUUCUAUUCCUAUUGAUGGUAUCGAAAGCUAUUAGUAUGAAUUACGUAUAUAUUAUGAGCAUUGACCAUCCUAUUGAAUGUAUGAAUGUAUGUUAAUACUCCCAUUGAAUGAUGUAUACAAAGCAGAGAUUGCUAUUUAUGUUCAAUCAAUUCAGUAUAUUAGAAAUUUCUUAUCUAAAAAAAAAAUAAAAAAAGACACAUGAUAUUAUAUUUAAAUCGAUGUUAAAGGAAGUUUGCGUAGUUUAUCGUGCGGAAAAUUCCGAAAAGUUUCAAAUUUGUAGAUAUAUAUGUUAAAAACUAAAUGCGAUCAGAGAUAGCUGUCACUUUUCUCUUGAUAUUUCGUUCAAGCAGACCGUUUUAGAGUCCAACUUUCUUACAUUUUAUUCAUUUUCACACGGAAUAAUUAUUUAUUGUUUGAUUAUUGAAAAACGUGAGUACUUUUAUGGUUAAACCGUUUAAAUAUAUUUAUAUACUUUUCUAUGUUAAUAAUAUCUUAUCAUAAAACAUCCGUUUUUACUAUAUUCUUAAAAAAGUCUCAAGUAUAUUAUCUUAUAAUAAUUAUAUAUUAAUAUAUUAUAAUAUCGUUAUCCUAAAAUUCUUAUGAUACUUUGCAAAAUGAAGCAAAAUAAAUAAGAAUUUGUUUUUGGUAUCUCAUGUUAGCAUUCUUUAUUGUUCUUACAUUGUCUUUCGCUUAAAGAAACUCGAUUGAAAUUUACUUUUGUAUCUUAAUGUUAUAAUAUAUACUAAAAUUUAUAUGUUAAAUCCAUAACAAAUAUCACAUUCUCUCAUUUAUAGUAUGUACAUGGUAAUAUAUGUAGGCAAAAAAUAAUAAAAUAUAUGUGUAUAUAUAUACACACACAUACACACACACAUAUUUCAUCUCGUGUGUGCAUAGUAUGUGUUACUAUGUGAAUAUGAAUACAUGUACAUGCUUGUAUGAAUAUACUGUAAAAAAUAUGUAAAAUAAUUAAUAUUCACAAAAUAGUAAAAUUUUUAGAUCAUAAAUUACAUUAGUAACAAGCAACUGUAUAUGUUAUAUUAAAUAACUUUUAUCUCCAUUAUCAAAUGUUAUAGCACAGAUAUGUCACAAUUUAAAAAUCUAGAGAAAGUUCUAACGUCUCGGUUAUUUAUAAACAUACUAUUUAAAGAUGUAUAAAUUAGGGCCAAGUUUGUACAUGUUAGGUAUAGUAUAAAAAAAUAAUAUAAAUAGAAUUGCCUUAGA